AUGGAAAGUAUUAUAGAUUAUAAAUUUGAAAUCAAAGCAGCUGAAAGAAAAGAUGUACCUUUAAUAUAUAAUCUGGUAAUGGAAUUGGCAAGACAUGAACAAUUAUCAGAUCAUGUCAAAGGGACAGCCAAAGAUAUAGAGAGAUUUGCAUUUGGUGAAGAAAAGAUAGCACACAUUUAUUGUGGAUGGGUAACACCAAUAUGUCCAUCUUCAUCAUCAUUAUCAUCAUUGUCAUCGUCGUCAUUAUCUCAUCUAGAACCAAAAAUGAUAUCCUAUACCAUACAUUAUUUAAAUUAUAGUGCCCGUCCACUCACCCAUCCAUGGAUUCAAUUUAGACUAACAGAUGAUGGUUUAAUAAAAUGUGCAAUUGAAUUUGAUGAUACUAAUAGUAGUAGCAGCAAUAAAAAAAUAAUUAAAUAA